AUGGGUAAGAACAAUACCAGAAUGCUCAUGAGAUUUUCAGCUCUUGUAAUAGUUUUAACCGUGGCCAUUAUGGUGGAGGAAACUAAGAGCGUCCGUGUAUGUAACAUCGAAACAAACGACUUGGAGAGGUGUCGUCCAGCCGUCACUGGAAACAACCCGCCGCCUCCGGUUAACGGAUGCUGCGUAGUGCUCCGAGCCGCUAAUCUCCGAUGCUUCUGCCAGUUCAAGUCAUAUGCAACCAAUAAUGGUAUUGACCCAGCUAAAGCCAAGGCUCUUAUACCCAAAUGUGGCAUUAGAAAUGUGAUCGUCCCUCCUGGUUGCUAA